AUGCGGAUUAAGAACAAAAAUCAACGAGCACGCCCACCGGAGCAUACAACUGCAGAAGGUAGUGGAUUUAGACAUACAUACAUAGAUCUCGGUAACCAGAUGGGAGGUACAACUACAAACAGAAUAGAAGGAUGCAUAAAGCAUGGACCAUGGGGUGAUUCCAAAGCGAUUGUCAUACUCAAAAAGGUGAAACUCAAACCUCCAUUUUCGGUGGAUCUGGUGGCAAGAAAACGGACACGAUUUGCAUCGACUAUCCAAAACGAAUAUUUGACUUCAAUAAGUGGGACAAUUGAUAAUUCUGGAGGUUCUUAUUCUUCUCCGAUGCUGAUGUCUUUAAGCUUUCACACAAAUCAGAUUCGUUAUGGUCCGUAUGGUAAUUCUGAUAAGGGUACCCCUUUCUCAUAUGAUGGUAAAGAUGGGAUGAUUAUUGGAUUUUAUGGACGUUUUGGCCAAUACAUUAAUGCUAUUGGGAUUUAUGUGAUUCCUAAAUCACUAUCACCAUCAUUAUCUCCAAACUCUGCUCCCAAAAACAAUUCCAGUUCCAUGCAUGAGUUGUGUUGUGAGAUGUCUGGAGUAGGAAUGCCAAGGGAGGCAGGACCUUGGGGGGCUGCUAGAGGUAAGCCAUGGGAUGAUGGAGUUUUCUCUCAUGUGAAACAAGUACGUGUUUAUUUAGGAGAGUCUUUGAAGGUGAUUUAUGGCAUCCAAUUUGAAUAUGUUAAAAGGGAUGGUAAUUCCAUUUUGUCACAAAUGCAUGGAGGAACAUGUGGGGAUAAAACAGAACUGGUUGAUUUGGAUGGUGAGAAGGAGUAUUUGAGUGGGAUAUCAGGGUUUUAUGGACCUGUUGUGGAGUUCAAUGGAUUGGAAGGGAUAACCUCCAUUACUAUUCACACAAACAAGAAGAUGUAUGGGCCUUAUGGACAAGAAAGUGGAGAAGGGUAUGUUUAUUUUACAUCAUCAUUAUCUCCUGGGCAAGUGGUUGGUUUUCAAGGCAGGAAUGGUGAUUUUCUAACUGCAAUUGGUGUUCAUAUGGAGUAUUUCUGAAGAUAUGAUGAUGG